AUGCGAAACAAUGUACCGCUCGUGUGCACUUUCUUUUUUGGCAUUUUAGGUGUUUGCUUUGUUGCGUUUCUCCAUGGACCGGAAUUCUGCGUUCCACUUAUACUCGCACUGAUGAACUAUGGCUUUGUUGUUUUCUUUGUGGGUUCUGGUGUCUCUUACCGCGUGUUCAUGGCAGUCAUGUGGUUGUCACAGCUAACGCUGUUGUUUCUCGUUAGAUUCUGUGGCGAAAAGAUGAUGUCGGUGUUCCAAUCCGCAUCAGAUUCAAUGUGGAGUAGAAAACUGCGCUGGACAGUCGUCUUCAAUAUGUACACCCUCCGUAUGGUUGCAUUCAACAUGGACAUGUAUGAAGCGUUUAGGGAUGGUCCGACGCACCGGGAGCGGGCGGUGCGUAAGCACGACACAAACUGCCUGGAGUGUGCGCAGAUGCGGGAAGCCAACCGCGGUGAAAACUCUCCCACCACACGUUGUUACAGGUUCCGCACGGAGAGUUCAUGCCAUCCGCGUGAGUACAAUCUGUUGAGUUACAUUGCAUACAUGUUGUAUAUUCCACUGUAUGUAGCUGGCCCCAUGUCGUCCUUCAACGCCUUUGCGUCGCACUGCCACUGCACUACUGUCGCCAUGCCGCGAAGGCAGAUGGUCCUUUACGCGCUGCGCGUUCUCACCCUAUAUCUGACGCUUAUUUUUAUGCUUCACUUUACGUUUGUGAAUGCUUUUCGUAUGCGCCCAGAAGUUUUUUGGGAGCUCAGUGUUUUCGAGAGCUCGUCGCUGCUUUACUAUUGCCUGGCUUUCCUCUGGCUAAAAUUCAGCCUGGUGUGGAAGCUCAGCCGCCUUGCUGCGGUAUCAGAUGGCUUCGAUGUGCCCGAGGACAUGCGCCGGUGCUUUACUAACACUGUGAGCGUACAGGACUUUUGGCGUGACUGGCACGCCUCCCUUAAUCUGUGGAUUGUGCGCUACAUGUACAUACCAAUGGGCGGGAACAGGAUGAAGCAUUUCAAUAUUUUCCCGAUUUUUUUCUUCAUUGCCAUUUGGCAUGACGUUGAGCUUCAUCUGGUGAAAUG